AUGGUUUCGUUUGAUCAGUUACCUUACAAAGUGUACGAUAACAUUGCAAUUCCUCAUUUUAUCCAACCCCGAACGGAAAUCCGGACCAAGUUUAAAAUCCGGCCCAGAACGGACAUCAUAGUCGCAUCCUACCAGAAGAGUGGGACAACUUGGACACAGAACAUCCUACGUCACCUCUUAUGGCCGGGUGAUAACACUUUACUUUUUGAGCGGGUACCCUGGAUAAACGUGACCCGACCUCUCUCACUCUCUCUGGAAGAGAUAGAACGUUUAUCUGAUCCUAGAGUUAUAAAGACACAUGAUCCGGUACAAUGGAUAGAUGAUCUACUGCAGGGGAGUGAGGCUAAGCUGAUAUACGUCUAUAGGAACCCACGAGAUGUGGCACUGUCUUAUUACAAUCACAUGUCACUUAAACCGAGCAUGAGGGGAGUUACAUUCCAGCAUUUUUACAGGGAUGUUAUCCGCAAUCCAGUUCGGGCAAAUCAUGGAUUGUGGGAGGAUCAUGUUGGGGGCUACCUGAAGUUGAAGAUCCAGAAACAGAACAUGUUGCUGUUACGAUACGAGGAUAUGGUGGAGGACCUUGCCAGAGAGAUCGGGAGAAUAGCUCAGUUUAUCGGGGUUGAGUGUAGUGGUAUAGGUAGUGACUCGCUUAUAGCUGAAGUUGAAGAGAAAACACAGUUCUCUUACAUGAAGAAGGACACCAGUUGCAACUACUCACAUCAUUACAAACACGACUUGUUUUUGAGAAAUGGUAAAGUUGGGACGUGGAAAGAGUAUUUAACAGAUGAGCAGGGACAGGAGUUAGGUGAUAUUCAGAGACAGGUUUUCAAUAAAUACGGGAUAUUUAUUUAA